AUGGAGCUGUCGACGUUCGGCGAUGCCACCGUGGACGACAUGCUCAAGCUUGUGCAGGACCGAGAGGCCCUCUUCGAGAACAUGAUGUCCGGUCCAGGGAUCCCGGCAACCAAGUUUCCCCGCAGGGGCAAGCCGCGAAGCGUCGUGCUAACGCUCGUGCGUCCCGGCGGUAGCAGCAGCAGCGGCGGCGGCGGCGGCGGCGGCGGCGGCGGCGGCGGGACGGGGGGAGGAGUAGGUGGAGUGACGUCGUUCUCGUCAACGGCAAGCCCGUCCAUGUUCGGAGGCAGCGAGGAGGUUUCUCCUGCUUCUUCUUUCUCGUCCUCCGUUGGCCGUGGGAGGCAGCGAGGGAUAACCUCAUCAUUCGGGCGCACCCGGUUCCCAGCAGAACGCGACCUCUUCUCGAAACCCUCGUACAAGCGGUCUUUCCGCUCCCAACCUCAUCAACAUCAGCAGCACCAGCACCAGCAGGGUCCGACAUCGUUGAAGGGUGUUCUCGACCUAGAGCUGGAGUGGAAUCGUCAGAGGGGGCGGAAGGGGUCUCUGCGGUUGGGAGAGGUCAUCGAGGCCAUCGCGGGCAUCGAUUCACAGAUACUUCGGCCCGUGUGCGAGGAGCUGCGGCGGCGUGCUGCAUCCGUCGGAGAGUCACGUGUAGGGGAAGGAGGGGAACGGGAAGAGGAAGAGGACACGUUCGUUUCGCUCCGCACAAACCGGAGGACUCUAGACCUCAAGUUUUCCACGGUCCCCAUCAGGAACCGGUUCAUGCUCGCCUUCAAGACCCUGGCGUGGGAGACAGCGGCUGCCAGGGCUGGCAGCACCAGCGGCAGAGGCAGCAGGCCUGUCGGAUCGAGCCAUUUCUAA